GCUAAUUAUAGACUAGACACUCCCCAGAUAAUAUGUCGUCGCUUACGUAUCAUCGACUAGAUAUGGGUCCACGUUCAUCCGUUGGGCUUAGAUUCUGUACCCAACAAGGUGUGACCGACGCAGAGGCCUUCGUUCGCCACCAACACGACACAGUCGUUCGUCAAUUGUCUGCUCUCUCUCUCUAUAUGCAAAAUCAGACUCAUGGUUCAAAGCUGGGUCAGCAACCUGCCAUGCCGUUGACGUCAUCAUCAUCAUCAUCAUCUUCCUCCUCCUCGUCCUCCUCGCCGUCAUCUGCUUCAUUUUCGCCAUCGCUGUUUUCGUCGCACUACGCUUGCUGUCCUCCUCCCUCCUCCUCCUCCUCCUCGUCCUGUUCUUCUUCUUCUUCUUCUUCUUCUUCUUGUUCUGGUUCUGGUUCUCGCUGCGUGUCUUCUUCCUCUCCUUCUUCAUGCUUCGACUUCCCGGCAACGACGGCGAAGGGAGUAUUCACCCUCCCCUCGCCCUCCCUUCUCCCGACCUCCUCCUCCUCCUCCUCCCCCACCUCCUCCUCCUCUGCCUUGCGCCACAGCGAGGGUGGGUUUCGACAUUCGUCAUCGUCUUCCGCGGCUUAUCCCGCCGCCUCUGCGUUCGCGGGUUUCCCCAGCUACCUGGAUUUCGGUAAUUUCGAUGAACUUUCACCUCGGAUCGUUGAUUACGCAGACGUCUUCGCCGCCGGGCAUUUCCUGAACGACGAGAAAACACGUGGCGCUUCUGCUGCCGCUGCUGCUGCUGCCGCCACGUGGCAGUGGUCAUCGCUAUGGGGACCCCCGAGCGGCAUCAAGCGCGACCAUCGAUGUAACAGAUCGAACAGUGCGCAGAGCCCUCUGCAGGGGGGGGAAGUAGUAGGAGGAGGAGGACUGAAUUCAAUGAACUCAUCGUCAUCUUCCAGGGGGGAUUACUCAGAUGAAUACUCGACGUCGUCCGUAGAUUCUGAUUGCUACGAACAGGGAGAGGGAGAGGGAAUGGAGGCGGAAUCGACGUUGCAAAAGCCAUCAUCGCCAACGACACGUGGCACUUCGUCAGGAACCGGGCCCAUCAUGAGGAAGGGACUGUCUCGGUACUUUGAGGGAAAGUCGCGAUCUUUCACAUCGCUGGCAGAUGUGACAUCGAUCGAAGAUCUCGCGAAACCGGUCAAUCCGUAUGCAAAACGGCGGAAGUACUCGCACUCGCACGGGCACAGCAGUAGCCUUGGCAAUAUCAGUAAUCUAGCGCAAAAUGGGUUAUCUGCUGAUCAUACGUUGUCGAGAUUGAAUCCACGGUCACAGAAGGGAGGGAGGUUAGGCAAGCGCAUUGGCAACGGCUCAUCGAUUAACAACAGGAGUGGGAGUACGGCGAUGUCGCUAGCGCAGUUGGAAGAGUCGUCAACAGCAUUACGAAGUGCAGGGAGAGAAACAGGCACGGCAGAUGAGGCGUGGAGGGAGAGGGAGAGCGAGCAGGAGACGGAGAGAGGGGGAGAGAGGGAAGAAAGCUAUACCACAGGUCUUGGGAAGAUUGCAGAGGUUGAACCAAGCAGAGCAGAAGAAGGAGAAGGAGAGAGCGAGCAUUCUCAUUGGCUCUCUUCCGUCGAUGGUACGCAUCGGCCAAAAAUCAACGGCUACACUGACCUCUAUCGCAGUCGAUCUCUCCGACAGCAUCGGCGACAGGCGGAUGCGAUCCUCGAUGUUGUCACCAAAGGUGGGUUCGCGGGUGAGAGCAUUCAUAAUAAUUCUCCUCUUGUCCGUCUGUGCUCGAUCAAUUUGAUGACAGUGUGGUCUCUGUCUAUGCGAUCCUGAUGCGUUCCGGAGUUCAAACCAAUGGUUAGCCAUGAGCAUGGGCAUGUUCACGCUUAGUAGGGAUUUCCUCACGUAUCUGACUGCAAUUGCGGCCAGAGACGUGGACGAAUCUAGCUGCAAUCUCGUCCAGAGCGUAGUAAAAAACGUCGUACUGUGAGUAUGCCCUGGUACAAAGGACGGAUCGGUGACUGAGCAGCCGCCGUGAUGGAUUUCUCGAUUGGUCGUGACCGGCGACAUAGUUGACGACUUGAUUGAGUCAUAUUGACCAACGGCCACCCUCUUCAUUGUUUGUUGUUGACGUUUUUACGUUCUCGAUUCCCGCUCUCUUAACCGCGCACCUCUCCAACCCCUCCUCCCCUUCCCGCCUCCCCCCUCCCUCGCCCCCUGGGCUAACAGCAUGCCGCCUCCUACGAGGGAUUCUUUCUUGUUCUUGAAUAAUGUAGCAGUUAAAUCGAUCAGUCGUGGGCAUGUUCGUGCCUUCUGUCCUACUGAAAUAUGCGAUAAGGCGACUGAUUUACGAUUUUACAGCAAUCGCCUCCGCUUGCCACUAAUGGGCCUCACCCUUCGAUCGGUUGCCCGUACAGGGUCGGGCCAAAUCCAGUCUUGUCGAAAUAGGCUAUAAGGCUAUAUAUGCGCUCCUAGUCUGAUGGAUCAUCUCUGGAAGAAAGACGCGACAGACGUGAGCAAAGCUAAGUGACCUAUAGCUAUACUGCCAACUACUACAGCUAUACCGUCAACUAGUAUAGCUAUACUGUUUAGCAACGUACUUAGUCUUAACGGUCGACCAAAUCCGUACCAUUGACUCCAUUCUUCUUGUUGGGUGGGAGAGACUUUGAGAGCAAUGUGUGUUGCAGACCGACGUGGAUGGCUGGAGUGGGAUAUUUUUUUUUUUGGUUUUUUUUUUUGCCGUUGAUGAUGCUGAGAAGACUAUGGUAGUGGUGAAGCUGCGAGCUGUCCAUCGCUCUGUUGGAGUUCCCUCAGGUUUGCUCCAGGACCUACUCUUGCUAUCAGCGGAUAACACGUCAGCGUUCCUGCAGCCGUGAUCUUUCCAUCACUCGCUGCCCCUCAGCUGUCUAGAGUACGUGCUCGUUGACGGUGGACUGGUCGUUAGCUCACCGCGGCGCUGCUACUUGCGGAUCGAUCAUUCAUAUAUCAGUUUCUCGGAGGAGCAGAACCUGCGUCCUGUACAUUACUUUCUGACGUAUUUCCGAUCCACCCGAUCUCCCUGAUCUUCUCGAUCUUCCCGAUCUCGCCGAUCUUCCCUCACGACCUCUUUCAUUUGCCUGAAAUGUGAGUAGAAGCUGAAUGAAAGGGGAAUGAGAGAUGUUAAUAGACUCGACUAGGGUCCGUUAAACGAUUUGAGUUUUGUCAUCAAAACUCUCGCUCGUCAAAGAUCUGACGUCUACUCUUCUGUUUGUCCGUCCGACUUCCUUCUCCAUCUUGCUCUAUGCGCCUUCCGGACACGGAGUUCUGUGAACGUCCGUCGAUGUAUGUUCACGUGAAACAGAUCAGAUGCAUGCUUCUUUUGCUUUUCGCCAGCUGCUGCCUCUCUUUGCCGCUCUUUCCCGCAAGCUGCUACUGACCGAGUAGCGUUUAGAAAUGGAGAUGAGUCUUCAGAAUCUCUCACCUUCCGGGUAGCCGAAUGGACGUAAUGGUUCGUCUUCGUGUCUUGAUCGCCUGGCCAGACAUUCUGGCCCUGUGCCAUACUGUGCAGUGUGCAUUGUCGCGUUUUCUAAAUGAGAUUCAGAGGAACAAAUGUGAUAGGAGAGG